AUGCCUUGUUUCUUUGCAUUGGAGACGAUAGCAUCAACAACAACGGAAGCUGAAGCUCUUCUCAAAUGGAAGAGCGGCCUGUCCUCUUCAUCACUCAAAUCAUGGUCACUAUCCAACCUAACAAACCUUUGUAAUUGGAGGGGCAUUGUCUGCAAUGCUGAUGGAGCUGUCUCUGAGAUCAAUCUUUCUGAUGCUGAUCUUUCUGGUACUCUUCACCACCUCAAUUUUACUUCUUUUCCCAGCCUCAAAAUUCUUCAACUGUCACAAAAUCAAUUUCAAGGUGAAAUCCCAUAUUCUAUAGGCGAACUCAAAGAUCUUCAAUUCUUGGAUAUUAGCCAAAAUCUCUUGAAUUCAACUAUUCCUUCAUCACUGUCAUCUUUGACCAAAUUGUCUACUCUGGACUUAUCAUCUAAUUUUAUUUUUGGUAAUAUUUCACCACAUCUCAUCUCCAAUUGGACCAAGCUUACACAUUUGGGGCUUGCAGACAAUUCCUUCAAUGGCAGUAUUCCACCUGAAAUUGGUUUGCUCACAAAUCUUGAAUACCUUUCCUUGUCCAGAAAUAAGUUUCAUUGCACCAUUCCACCGCAGAUAGGAAACUUGCAAAAUUUGACUCAAUUAGAGCUGGAUGCAAACAAUCUCUAUGGUUUGAUACCUCAAACAAUUGGAAACCUUACCAGCCUCCAAUACGUCCUUCUGCUUUCCGGAAACAAUUUGUCAGGAAAACUUCCACCCCAAAUAGGAAACUUGCAGAAUUUGAAUGUGCUAGACUUAUCAGACAACCACUUCUAUGGUCCAAUACCUCAUACAAUCGGAAACCUCACAAGCCUCAUUAGUCUUUCCCUUUACAACAACAAUUUCAUUGGAAUACUUCCACCAGAGAUAGGGAAUAUGCAAAAUUUGUUUGAGUUGUACUUGUUUGAAAACAACCUCUUUGGUCUAAUACCUGAAACAAUUGGAAACUUGCAUCGUUUGGGUAAUCUAGACUUCCAAAACAACAGCUUCUUAGGUCCAAUACCACAAUCAAUCGGAAACCUCACUGGCCUUGCUGAUCUAGAGCUUUCCAAUAAUAAUCUCACUGGGAUGUUGCCACCUCAAAUAAGAAACUUGGAAAGUUUGGAACAUCUAGAAUUGUUAGAAAACAACAUCUAUGGAACACUUCCACCUCAAAUAGGAAACUUAUCGAAUUUGAUUGUUCUAGACUUGUCAAGAAACAACUUUUCUGGUCCAAUACCUCAAACAAUUGGAAACCUCACACAACUUAAAUCCCUACGCCUUUCCACAAACAAUUUCAUUGGUACACUUAUGUUUGAUAGUGGAAAUCCAACAUCAAAUCCUGUCUCUUCAACCCUUUGCAAUUUACGUUCUCUCGUAAUUUUGGAUUUAGCAAACAAUUCGUUAACUGGGCCAAUACCUCAAUGUUUGGUAAGAAAAGAUCUGUCUGUGUUAGAUUUGCACCAGAAUCAAUUUCAUGGGCCAAUCCCAACACAAUUUAAGGUUUGCAACUCCUUGAGCAGACUUAGUUUGUAUGGUAACCAAUUAGAGGGUGCAGUGCCACGAUCUUUAAUCAAUUGUAAAGAGUUAGAAGUUCUUGAUUUUGGACACAACAAUUUGUGUGGUACAUUUCCAAUGUGGUUAAGAGUUCUUCCAAAUCUAAAGGUUCUUAGCUUGAGAUUUAAUCGGCUGAAUGGUUCCAUCCGAAAUAGGAGGAUUAAAGGGCAUUUGUUUCCUCAACUUCGUGUCUUUGACCUCUCUCAUAAUGGAUUCACAGGGGAGUUACCCACAUGGUUUUUCAAGAAUUUUAAAGCCAUGACAAAUGUUACUGAAGAUAAAUCACAAAUGUACCUUGGUUUGGACAAUACCGGUAGAGACAUUUUAUCUCCCUUUUACUAUGAAGAUUCAUUGAUUGUGACUAUGAAGGGGCAAGAACGUGAACUUGUAAGAGUAUUUGGCAUGUUUAUUACCAUUGAUCUCUCAAGCAACAAAUUUGAAGGGCAUAUUCCAAAUAGCAUUGGAGAUCUUCUUGCAUUACGUGAAUUAAAUUUAUCACGUAACAAGUUCACUGGGCACAUUCCAGCGUCUCUCGGAAAUUUAACCAUGUUGGAAUCUUUAGACCUUUCUUUGAACCAAAUUGGUGGAGUUAUCCCUGAGCAAUUGGCAAGAAGUACAACUCUGGAAGUGUUGAAUCUCUCACAUAAUAAGCUUGUGGGAUGCAUACCUCAAGGCCCACAAUUCAAUACAUUUGAAGCAAAUUCAUUCCAAGGAAAUGAUGGAUUGAAAGGCAAACCUUUGUCACAAGGUUGCGGGAAUGGCAUGAUACUGCAACUUCCAGCACCAAAGGAGCUCCACCAAGAAUAUGAUUCGAGUUUUUUGAGCGGAUGCACCGUAAAAGUUGUGGCAAUGGGGUACGGUUGUGGUAUUCUUUUUGAAUUAUUCAUGGGAAAUCUCAUGCUCUUAACUGGAAAGCCAGAAUUCAUUGCGAAGUUUGUUGAGGAAGAAGCAUACAAACUAGCAAUGAAGAUCAAAAGAAGAAGAUCAAAAACAAGAAGGAGAAGAAACUAG